AUCACAAUGACAUGUUGCAGUGAAUAGGGAUUCUUCCUCCUCCGCCCCUUCCCAUUGACGCGCUGCUUUAUCCCCUCUUCAGUAUCCCACACUCUUUGUCUGCCUGCAGUCUUAUAUCCGUCACUGUUUCCCCUCAUCUCCGUGAAGACGGAAGAGCAUCAUUUCACUGAACUCACUCCUCUCUGGUGUACUCUCUGUUUACACUAGAGACUGAACACUCAUUUCACCUCCCACUAUCUCCUCGACACUGAUUCCUCGCCAAAGAGUACCCUUCAGGUAGAAGGCGGCCGCUCAGAUGGUUUCCCCAGAGGUCGCCAUGUCCCAACAGGACAAUGCCCCGCACACCCCAACCUUUCGAUACGACUUGGGGCUCCGCCAGUCUCAACUAUCAACAUAUGGUAGCAUGCCUUUCGAAGGGUUGCAAUUCGGUCAGACCGAGGGGCUCACACCCAAUCGACACCAAUUCCAGGAGGGCGAAUUCGCCCCGCCUGGCUUCUUUGACAAGGUCGACCCGGCUAUGUUCCAACUGCCCACCCAGAAUCUCCAAUGGUCAUACGAGAAGCGCCGAAUGGCCCAACAGAUCCUCCCGUGCCUCUAUCUGGGACCUUGGGGCUGUCUCUCAGACAGAGGCUGGCUCAACCGCGAGGGAAUCACGCUGCUCCUAUGUGUCCGGGAUAGACGGCUCGCGAUGGCAAGUCUCAUGUCCGGCCAGAAAGCAGCCGCCGAUCUGCAUAUCGAGGCCGAUUCCUUUGACACCGCGGACAACCAAGAGCUCAUCACCGUGCUGCCUCGUGCGAUCCGCCGUAUCAAUGACCAUCUCUUCUCCUCCGCUCCUCUCGGCCUGGCAAACGCAACGAACAAGAAAGUCGUCGUGUUUUGUGAGACAGGCAAUGGCCCGUCGGCUUUGUUGGUCGUGGCCUACUUGAUGGUGAUGUUCGACAUCAAUAUCCCACAAGCUCUGCAGAUUGUCCAGUCCCAGCGAUUCUGCCUGGACUUGGAUGACGCGGCCACGCAGCUGUUGACGUCCUUUGAGGCUAUUCUCAACGCCAAACGCGAUGUCGAGAAAGCGAACCAAUCGGUCGCCAAUGGCCUCCCUUCAUCGUCAUCAACAACCCCCUCCAGAAAACGAGAGAUGUCCGACACUGAUGGCGCUGGAGAUAUGGAUAUGGACGACAUGGACGUGGCCCAGCGAAGAGCUUUUGCGCCUUUCAAGGACCGCUAAGGAUUACCCACUUCCAUUAUUUUAUACCCCAGAAUUAGAAUCAUGUUUGUC